AUGGCGGCAAACAAACCGGUCACUCCCAUCCUGAUAAUAGGAGCAGGUCUAUCGGGCCUUGCUACCGGACGAAUUUUGACAAACCACGGCGUUCCGAAUAUCAUCUUUGAGUCUUCACCUCCAGAGCGCAGUCAAGGCUUCGCCAUUAGCUUGCACGACUGGGGUUACAUGGCCCUUCUCGAAGGUCUCGGCGGAGUAUCCCUCAAGAGCAUGGCCAAAGCCGUCGCCCCGGAUCGACACGUCGGCGGUACCGGAUGGGUCGAUUUGUGUAUGCGUGAUAACUCAACUGGCCAGGUGCUUGUCGCACCACCUGAGAAAAACAGGCCAGUGGUAAUGCGAGCGAAUCGCAAUGCCUUGCGGGCAUGGAUUGCCGACUGCGGCGACGAUGAGCUGGAUGUGCGAUACGGGCACAAGCUCAAGAACGUAUGCGGCACACCCGGAAACAUGACGGCUGUGUUUGAAAAUGGAGCCCAGUAUACCGGUUCCUUGAUCAUUGCUGCUGACGGAGUGCAUUCUGCAGCUAGAUGUCAGAUUCUUCCUCAUAUUGCUCCCGAAGUCAUUCCUGUUGUCGUCUACCACGGCGAAUUCCAUAUGCCGCGCCAGGAGUUUGAUCAGUACAUCAAUCCUUUGGCCAAUGGUUCAAACAUUUUAGCAGGUGUUGGUGACGGCUUCAAUACCCCCAUCACGAUUUGCAACAUGACAAAGUCCAAGGUCUAUCUAGACUGGUCGUACUCGAGGCCAGCUCGUGGCCCCAAGGAUGUUCUAUUUGACAAGGAUGCCAAGUCCCACGACAUGUCCACCGAUAUCCCUCAGUCGCUGGUGGAAGAACUCUCGUCGCUCAAACUUGCGGAACCGUGGGCCAGGUACGUCAACCCGGAGACUAUGAAGCAACAUUCAGUAUUUCACUGGGUUAGCCGAUGCGUCUACAUGUCUACCGAAGAUGCCAGGAAAGGCGCCAAGCAGGGCAUUGUCUUUGCUGGGGACUCGUGGCAUGCGAUGCCGAUUUUCGGUGGCGAAGGGGGCAACCACGCCCUCUUGGAUAGUGUCGAGCUUGCCUCCGCUAUCGUGAAUAAUCCAUGCCUGGAACAGGCCGUGUCUGCUUACUACGAUGGGGCUUGCAAACGCGUCCAAGAGGCAGUCAAGAGAUCUAGAACUCGGUUUUACGUGUUGCACAGGCCUAUGGCUGAAUGGCAAGAUAUUGCGGAGAAGCGGAGAAAGAAGACGGCACAAGCAGCCAAAGCUGCGGACGUAGCGGCUUAA